ACAGAACAUUCCAUAAGGCAGGGUCAACUCAACAGCUUCACAGCAGAAAGCCAACAGAUUGCAACAAUAAUCAGUAUGGCUGAAGCAUCUGGCGCCCGCGGGCCCGCACAAAGCAAGCUACCCAGGCUUUCAGUAAUGGACCUGUCGAAGCCGCAUACCUUUAUCAAGCCUGUGAAGAGGAUCAAUGAGGGGCACGAUGUCCCCCACUUCCUCAGCUCACGUGCAUAUAGUGACAUAGGAACCUUUGUGAUGCAGCUUGACACUGCUAUGUGUCCUAGAAAAGUUGAAGUGGAUGGUAAGAGGCAAGUAAAGACGUGGGAACUGGGUAGCAGUGACUUUGCGGUUUCGGGAUUGGUAGAGCAGAUUCAAGAGAUGCUGAGGACGAUCGAAGCUAUCAUCGAUGAAGCACCUCCAGAUACCGGGCCGAGAAGGUUUGGUAACAUCAGUUUCAGGAGGUGGCAUAAGCUUCUUGAGUCCAGGGUGGGGACGAUUCUGAGGCGGCAUGUUCCUGUUGAGAUUCUCGAUGCUGGGUCACCGGGAGAGGCUACCGCGGAAGAUGAGCUUACUUCAUACCUGCUGGGCGGGUUUGGAAGUUCACAGAGGCUAGACUUUGGGACGGGCCACGAGUUGAGCUUUCUGGCAUUCUUGGGGGCUCUGUGGAAGCUCGGUGGGUUUACGACAGGAGACGGAAUAUCUGACGAUGGCCGCUUGGAGAGGAGUGUAGUACUUGGAGUCUUUGAACCUUACCUGAAGGUUAUCCGUCGAUUAGUUCUCACAUAUUCCCUCGAGCCCGCUGGCUCUCACGGCGUCUGGGGCCUGGAUGACCACUUUUUCUUAUCAUAUAUUUUUGGUUCAGCUCAGUACAGCCCUGCAAUACAAGACGGAGAGCCGAUGCCAGUAGAGGGAUCACUACCAGAUGCACCAAACCCUGCGUCUGUCAUCAAGAAGAACGUCGUCGAUCAAGAGAGAAAGAAGAACAUGUACUUCGCGGCGAUUGGCUUCAUCAACGAUGUCAAGACGGGGCCGUUCUGGGAGCAUAGUCCAAUACUAUUCGAUAUAUCUGGGGUACGCGCGGGCUGGGGGAAAGUGAAUAAGGGCAUGAUCAAAAUGUACAAUGCCGAAGUGCUCUCCAAAUUCCCAGUGGUCCAGCAUUUCAACUUUGGGUCUUUGUUCAGCUUUGAGCGCGAUCCAAAUGCGGCAGCAGCUGCCGCUACAGUACACACAUCUAACCAGCCAUCAUCUCACACCAUUUCCGUCAGCGGAAACACGAGUGGUGCGCCAACGAGUCGUCCAGUGCCGCAGGAAGGUACCCGCGCUCCAUGGGCGACCAAUGCUCCGGCCACCACCGUGGCAAAUGCUCCUCCUCAGGCGGGUGUCGCAACUUGUGCACCGUGGGCAAAGCCUGCUGCUGCUGCUGCUGCUGCUGCUGCUCAAGCUGAUGGCUCGGUGCCAACUCGUGCUCCUUGGGCAGCGUCGGGGUCCGGCUCAGCACCACCGCCAGGUAAUCCUCCAACAAGAGCACCAUGAGGAACACUGCGGUAGAUAGUAAUGCACAAAGCAUUUAGUACAAUGGCCAUCCCUCCAGAGACGCCGUGGAUCGUAUAGAACCAUCGCAUGGCAUCCUAUCAGGCUGUAGACGCAGCAUAAAAGGCAGGAAAAAUAAUCAUGUUCAAUCAAGCCUCUUUAUAAUCCAGUGUAACUUGGUUAACUAGUUAACUAGUUAACC